UUCAGAAACUACGGGAUGCAUUUCGAAAACACCACCCUUUCGCCCUCUUUCUCUCGCCCCAAAAUAUAAACUCGCCGCCAAAAAGCCAUGUUGGCGCCAAACACUCGCACCCUUUCCCGGGAAAAGGUCCAAAAAAAAAAGAAAGAAAAAAAGUUCGAUCCUUUCCCUCUCAUGGCGAAUUGUGGAUACCACUCCCCUCAAUUCUCCGAGGACAUAGCUUGGCUCCCACUGUGGCUUCAGCCCCAUCAAAUUCCUGUUGUUAAAGAUUGCGCUAAAGAUGACGGGAGCAUUUCUUUGCUGUCUUGCAAGAAUUUCCCAUUUCUUGAAGAAAGUAUUAGCGACAAACAGAACAGCCAGUGUUUCUCAAGGAAUGAUGCGGGUUAUACAGGGUGCCAACUGCACUUAUCUGGAGAUGACUCCUCAUGUAGUGGAAAUACUCCAUCGGCUAGAAAUGUGCUACAUUUUUCCCUGCAUCUUUCUUCAGUUGGUACAUCACAGCUAUCCUCUGGUCAAUUUAAUGAUAAACUUAAGAUUACAAACUGUGACACCAACUUUAAAGAUGAGAUGAAAACAAACUCAAAUGAAGGAUCACCAAGUAAAGUUAUUCCUGAAGCUCAAGCAGUUCAGAAUAACGCCGACUUCAAGAAUAAAGAGGAAAGUAAAACAAAUUCAGAACCCCUUAGCAAAAUUGAAGGAAACAAAGGACCGAGAUCUCGUAAAAAGGUCAAUAGCGGAAAUCUAAGAAACGUAAAUAUAGAUGAUGUGAUUGAGCUUUCCAUUGCCGCAUCUGAAGCUAUGGUAAUUUCAGAAAUAAUGUCAAAUAGCUCUGUGUCCGAUCCUUUGCCAGCUUCGGCUGUGCUAGAAGCUGCUCUUCAUGUUAAAGAAGCUCGAAAACAGCUCUUCAGUGAAGCUCUUUGUGCCUCCUCAGAUCGUGAGCUCGAUGAGUCCGAUUUUCUUUUAGAUUUGGAUGAAAGCACAAUGGUCGAUGCAUUUGAUGAUGUUGGUUUAUGUAUUACUCGAGUUAUUCAUUCUCCUGAAAAUUCAAUUCAUGGUACUUCAGAUUUUAAACAAGAGAAGCCUUCACGGUCCAGUUCUUCAUGUGAUCAAGGAACGCAUGUUUCAGAAAGCUGUUGCCUAGAGACACAUAAUGAGAAUUUGAAGAAUCAAGAUGUUGAAAAUAAUGCAAAGAAUUCUCCUACAAAUCACGAUUUGGCUAGUAAGCCACUAAAAUGUUUACCACCACUGCCUACAAGUUCAGCAGAUGAACAUAUAGCCCUUAUACAGAACUCAAUCCAAAAUGUUGAUACAUCUGGAACCAAGGAGGAUGUGGAAGAAACUCCAGGUAUUGUUAAGGUUGGGGGUGUUGCACUGGAAGAAAAUAGGGUUAAAAGGAAGCACAUAAAAAAAUUAUUCAAUCAAGAGACUAGCUUCAUUUCAGAAUCCAUAGAUACCACGAGAAAAUGCUCUCUGUCAGAGAGUGUUGAUGCUGAAAAUGAGAUAAUUGAAUCUUCUGGCACGCCAUUCAUUACAAGGUCCGCAUGUCCUUAUAACACAAUUCGAAAAAAUAAUGAUAUUGUCUCGCAAGAUCACAUGAAAUCUCCUUUCUUAUCUUUGACGGAUCCUCUUUGUUCAGUUGUGCCAUGCAGUCUCUCUUGUAAUGAUGCUCAUAUUGAAGAGGAUGGUAAAGAGCCAGUUAUAAUUAACACUCUUAGAGAUCAAACUUCAGAUGGAUUUGUAGAAGACAAUGUUCCUUCUAAAACUUUCGCUCAGAGGGAGGAUUUUGAUUUCCCAAAAAUUGUUGCUGAAAAUUCAGGUUUGUCAGUUCAAAGAAAAUGCAGUUCACUGAAGAAUUACAGUAUGAUAAUGCCAGCUCUGGACAAAUUGAAGGAUAUUGUAAUUCCUUUUCCUAUUAAUGGGAAUGCUAAUCAUUUUAAAUAUGAUGAUAAAGUAACCAUUGGUGAGCCUUCUUCUUUUAAAGAGACAAAUGAUGAUAAUAUUGAUGUUCUCUUUCGGCAUCAUGAGAGUUUGCCACCUCUUAUGCUUAAUAACAAGAAGCGUCGUGUUAAGGCUUGUAAAACAAAAUUCAAUGGGGAUGGUGCAGAUCAAAAUUUGAUACGACUUACAGAAUUAAAUAGUGAUUAUGGUGGCAAAGCAACGACUCUGUCAAAUGUUCCUCUGGAAUCAAGUUUAUCUUUACAUCCUACUGAUAAACAAUGUCUUCAAAAGAAGAGAGUUCAAUUUGUAGAAGCAAAGCAUGGCACUAAACGGACAAAGACCAGCAAGGGACUGAAGUCUACAAACAGAGUUUGUUGUUCACAGGGUAGAACAAGUAGAAGAAUGGAUUCCAGCUUGGAGUGCAAGUCCCAAAAAGGAGAUGGAAAAUCCGCCUUUUCGUCAACUUAUACAAAAGAGAUGAUAUUUCACGGACUCGAAUUUUUAUUGACUGGAUUUUCAAGAAAAAAAGAAAAGGAAAUCGAGUCAUUAAUUAGAAAAUUUGGAGGUUAUGUUCUUUUGAAGGUACCAACCUGUUCGCCAGAUUUGAGAGAAAACUUGGAAUCAGUUGGGUGGAAGCCUUCCAUCAUAUUGUCCCCAAAAAAGGUUCCAACAGCUAAAUUCUUAUACGGCUGUGCAACUAAUUCCUGGAUGUUAAAUUUUCAUUGGCUUGUUGAUUCACUUAAAGCCGGCUGUUUAUUGCCACCCGGAAGGUAUCUAAAUUUGCCAAUUCAACCCUCUGAGAAAAGGUCCUUGAGAGUAGGAGAACCAUUUUGCUUCAAAUUCCGUGCUUUAAUCUUUGAUGGAAUAGGGAUCUUGCUAUCUGGCAAAGUCAGCUUCUGUUCCAAAUUUUCCAAUAUAAUAAAGCACGGAGGUGGUCAAGUGUUUAUAUCCCUCGAACAAUUACUUCAGAACCUGAAGGUUGGGAGUUGUACCCUGGGUGUCAUUCUUGUUGAGAGCGAGGCGAGUGUUUCACGUCAUCUAAGACAUUGCGGGCUGGAAAACAAUAUACAGACUCUGCCAGCCAGUUGGAUCAUACAAAGUCUCUUCUGUGGCAAACUCAUUCCCUUGAAGAAGGAUCGCUAUGCCUCAUUGCACAGAAUUAAGAUGCCGACAUUCCCCGAAGAACAAGAAUUCGACAUGAGUCAAGAGAUAUAAUUUCUCCUGUAAAUAGUGAUAGAUAACAAUACACAAAGCUACAAGGUGCCUUCAGAGGAGGAGAUCAAAAUCGAUAUUGGAGCAAAGGGCGACAAAGGACAUAAUAAUACAUAGUUUGGCAGAGAAUCUUACCCAUAUCAGAGCUGAAUAAAAGAGAAGGAUCAAUAAAUCGCAAUUCGGAAUUUUCUGACGAAUCUGUAAAGUAUCUCCCAAUGCUGGUUCUUAUUUAUAUUUCCUUUGUGACUAUCGAACGAGAGGAGAGACUCUUCUCCAGGUGUAUCACUACCUAGAUGGAAAGAGAUUCUUCUCCAGGUGUAUCAUUACCUAGAUGGAAAUAUUAAUCCAUCGAAAUUUGAUUUUCGACCUGGCCUUUGACAAA